UAUGAUACUAUGUAUUCAUCCGCUACGUUAUCUAAAAUUUCCUAUUUAUAUUCAAAUAAGGAUCUUAAUUUUGACUUGGAUAACAUUAUUAUAUUAUAUAAAUUGUUGUUUGUUCAAACAAUCUACAAUUAAUCAGCUUUAUACCUAAAUAACCCCUAGCCUCAUUGCGGGACUACUUUAUUGGAUCCAAUAUUCCCCAAUAAUAAUGGCCAGAUAUUGAGGAGUUUGGCGCGUCUCCUUGGGCCUUAGUUUAUUAUCAGAGAACAUGAAGAAAGUGUAAAUUAUAAAUCAAGCCAAGUACCUGUUGAAUUUAAAACCAGUUUCAAGUGCCAGCAAAAAUUUUGUAUAUACUUUUCCCGGAUGUUCUGUGUGUGAAUUGUGCAUGUGUUUAGUGUCAGAUUGCAAAACGCAAUCAUAGGCUAGCAUAGCAGCCAUCAAGGAUGUAUUCUUAUAACAAUAAUAAACGUACUGUUGAAUUGGUUGGAACAUAAAACAAGAACAUUAUGGAAGUAUGAUGGGUGUUCAAGUAGGCCCACCUACUCAACUGUAGGCCUCUCUGAUGCUUCGUUUUGUUAUUUAUGGGAUCAUGAAAGGAACCCCCAUGACAAUGGUAGGCAGUAAUUUAAGAUGAACGGUGAAAUUCCAAGUGUCCCUAUAACAACACUGGCAGGCAUUGCAAGCCUAACAGACUUGCUGCCGGAAAUGCCACUUCCCUCCCCACUCCCCCAGACCCUGAGUAACAAGUCGCUACUGUUUCAUCCCCGUGUUGCCGAGGAGGCGCACAUUUUAUUGAGUUUGCGAGAUGAAGCUCUUGUGCCCCAGUUGGUGCAGUCUUUAGCCCAAACCUCCGCUGAUCACAUAGAAUUGAAGGACCAUUACACAGGGACAGAACCUCCAGUUGAAGAACAAAAUACUCCAGAACUUCUUAAAGCAAUUUUACAUAGGAAUCCACAAGUGUUCAAAGGUCCUGUAGUUAAUUCUGCAAGAGGCCACAGUCAACCGUCAACAGAAGUGAACCAUGCAGCAACUGCUUCUCGUCAAACUCCACAACCAUCCCCAACACCAACACCCACACCCACGCUUGUGUCAACACCCGCUCUUACACCCACCCCUCCUGCUAACAGCAAUGUCUGUGAUAACACCCGGAAACCUGUUACGCCGCGAAUACUGAACAGUGCGAGUGCUAAGUCUUUAGUACAAGAAGUGAACCAAGUAAAACCAGAACUAUCACCCUCUACUGCACAAAAAUCUGUACUGGUGCCUCCUUCAGAAACAAGUAGCUGUGUUGCGACCAAUGGCGUCGUCACUCCGCGAAGAGAGAACAACAUUACUCCUCCUCCAGCUUCCAGCAUACCUCGGGCCAACCCUCUCUCGUCAAGCUUGCCAGACUCAUCGCCAGCACAGGCAAGUAUGGCUCCUGUACAGGAGAACAAAGAAGCAAUUUUAGUGGUGAAACCAGAAACGCCGAUCUCAACACCAAAAUUGAUGGAGCCCAAAGUUAUGCUCAAUAGGAUAAGACCUGAAGAUCCAUUAAUGAAGAACAUUAAAGAAAAUAGUGACAAAUCCCCGUCAAGAGAGUUGACUCUGAGAAAUCAUAAAAGGCUGAGAAUCGAAUCUGAUGACGAGAGCGAUGAGGAACCUCGGAAUAAAACUAAAUAUUUCAAAGCCAGAGACAAAGAAAGGGAACUCCAGAGGCGGAAAGAGAAAGACCUGAGUAAGAAAACUGAAAACGACGAAGAUUACAUUGAUGGUGCUAAACAUUGGUCAAAAAGGAGACGAACCUCAAGAAAACCUGAACCAGAAGUUGAGGACGAUAAUUCAAACGACUCCUCCUCUCACACGCCAAAGACCAAACUUGGGAAAGUCGAACGGAAGCUGGUACCUGUCCUUGAGAAGCUAAGCGUAGAAGAACUAAUGGAGACGAAUACAUACCAGAGGUUCAAUCGCUCUAUUGAGAAAAUAUUCAACAACACAGACGACAUUGAUCUCACCAUGGAUCCAGGCGAUGAAGAGGAGGUGCCAUCAGAAGCUAUGAUUCCCAAGUACCAACUGCAAGACCUGUGUGGAGAAGCAGCUAAACUGAAGACCCUCGGAGCCAUGGAGUCCAUCCCCUCAGAACGGAUCACGAGGUUGCUGAGUAUCCUUGAGAAGAACAUCAGGGACGGCACUAAAGUCUCCCCUUUGGCAGACCCGAAUGACGAUGAAGAUGAGCGCAAGCUAUGGAUGGAACUGGCUAUGGAGAGGGUGAUGAGAGCUGUGGAUGCUUCUCUAACAACCCUCUACAUCCUAACAUCCCCCAACAUGCACAAGAGGGUUUACCUGGAAGAUGUGAUAGAUAGGGUGGUCAUAUUCACCAAAUAUCAACUACUGAACACCAUUUAUCCAUCUUUUGAUCCGGUCUACAGAGAUAUCAAAGAUAAAGAUGGGUUCGUAGCAAAUAUGCGGAAGAAGAGAGCACACACAAAGGAGGUGAGAGAGAAGAGCGUGUUAUCUCUCUACAACAAGCUAGCCGAGGUGGUGUCUCUACUAGCAGAACUGUUGAGUAUCCAGACUCUCACAGAUACAGCAGUUCUCCACAUAUCUUCCAUGGGUGUGUCACCGUUCUUUGUUGAAGGCGUCAGCGAACUUCAGCUGUCUGCCCUCAAACUCGUGACUAAUAUCUUCACCAAGUAUGAGAAACAUCGGAAGCUUCUACUUGACGACAUUCUGGCAUCUAUGGCUCGACUUCCCAGCUCCAAACGCAGUCUGCGUUCCUACCGACUCAACUCUGAAGAGCAGAUUCAAAUGUUGACAGCUCUGGUAUUGCAGCUGAUCCAAUGUAUGGUGGUGCUACCUGUCAACCUUGGCCAAGACAAACAGCUGGAUCCAGACUCGGUGAUAUCCAACAAGUUCGUAAUGGCGCGUACGAUAGCCUCCAACUUCUUGUAUGUGUUCCUUGCUAAGUGUAGCAGCAAGAGUGAGGAGAUUGACUAUCGACCACUGUUUGAGAACUUUGUUCAGGAUCUUCUGACAACGGUGAACAAACCAGAGUGGCCAGCCGCUGAACUCAUGCUCAGUGUGCUUGGAAAUCUUCUGGUGACCAGUUUUGUCAACAAGAGCCUAGAGAUGCCACUGAGGGUUGUUUCUCUGGACUAUCUGGGUGUCGUGGCUGCAAGGUUACGCAAAGACGCAGUCCAGUCUAACCUCAAACUGACUAUGAUAGAUCAAAUCAUUAAUGAAAUUAGAUCUGAGGAGCAAAAAGACGAUGAUGGAAAUUUGAAGACUGAUGUAACACCGGUGCAAGACGAUGAGGAAAGAACACAGUUCCUGCAAAAGGUUCUAUUGGACUACCUUGCAGUGAGGGGGCAAGGCGACCCUGCGCAUACCUACGCCAGACACUUCUACUUGGCACAAUGGUACCAGGAUAACAUCAAAAAUAUUAACACAUCGCCUAAGAUCAAACCCAAGAAUGAUGAUGCCAAGCGAGGAAACUCCAGGAAUAGAAAACAACCUGAUACCUAUGAAGAAGAGUCUAGUGAGAAUGAUGAGGAUGAUGAGGAAAGGAAGAGAGGUGAUGGCGAGACUGUAGAUCCGUUGGAAACUUACCGGUUAACAGAAGCGAGGAAAAAGUUUCUCCUGAGUAAAAUCCGCCCCUUUGAAGAUUCCGUUUGCAAAGAAGGCAUGAAGAAUCAGGUCCUUCAGACUUAUAUUGAUUAUGACAGUGCUGAGCUGGUUUCCCGCUACCUAGCGUCUAAGAGGCCGUUUUCUCAAAGCUUCUCUACCUACUUAAAACAUAUACUGACAGUGCUAUCCGAGUCAUCAGUUCUGAUCCGUACAAAGGCCAUGAAGUGCCUCACUUCCAUUGUAGAGGUUGACCCGGCAGUUCUUGGACUCAAGGCAAUGCAGGACGGAGUCAACUUUUCCUUUCUUGACCACUCAACUUCAGUGCGAGAAGCUGCUGUCGACCUGGUCGGCAAGUUUGUCCUGAGUCGACCUGAACUCAUUGACAAGUAUUACGACAUGCUUUCAGCCAGAAUAUUGGAUACUGGUGUUAGUGUGAGAAAGAGGGUGAUUAAAAUUUUGAAGGACAUUUGCAUUGAGUAUCCGGAGUUUCCAAAGAUUCCUGAGAUUUGUGUGAAAAUGAUUCGUAGAGUCAAUGAUGAAGAUGGUAUCCGUAAGCUGGUAAUGGAAGUUUUCCAAAAUAUGUGGUUUACGCCGGUGAAGCAAAAGCCCAACGUAGACAAGGAUGUGAUGAUUCGGAAGGUCAUGAACAUUACGGACGUUGUAGCAGCAUCGGAGGACAUGGGUCUGGAGUGGUUCGAACAACUGCUCGUCAGUCUGUUCAAACCUAAAGAGGACAAGGAAGACUCCACAAAAGUGUCUCAUGAACACAGCAAAGCCCUGAUGUUGGCUUGCAAGCAGAUCGUGGACUGUCUGAUAGAUCAUGUGUUGAACCUGGACGGUCGCGGAGGUGGGUCGUCUCAGAGGCUGAUUGCUUGUCUGCGAACUCUCCAUCUGUUUGCUAAGAUCAAACCUCAGUUGCUAGUAGAACAUGCAAUCACUUUGCAGCCCUACCUCAGUCUUAAAUGCCAGACUCAAGGAGACUACCAAAUCAUCAGUUCAGUGGCUCGUACGUUGGAAAUCAUUGUUCCUCUGAUUGAACAUCCGAGUGAAUCGUUCUUGGCGAGGCUCGAGGAAGACUCGGUCAAACUGAUCAUGAGGCAAGACCAAUCUGUCAUAAUGAGCUGUGUGUCUUGCCUCGGUUCUGUGGUGAACAAUGUUACUCGCAACUACAAGCUGAUACGCGACUGUCUCUUACAAUAUCAUGGAUACCUGUUCUUCUACAAGAAACGGGCAAUGGAUGGACAUGAAGAUGAAGUAGUAAAAAAACAACCACUAAUCAAAAGGUCACUGUACAUAGUUGGGCUACUUCUGAGAUUCUUUGACUUCACUGAUAAAGAAGUUUUGGAUGGUUUCCCUGAGAAAACCAGAGACCAAGUUUUUGAAACACUUCUCUUCUACUUGCAUCAGAGGGAUCUGAAAGGUUUCACACUCAAGGCCAUUGGUUUUGUUUGUAUUCGCCACUAUGAGCUCAUGUUGGGCCCUGAUCUCAAAACUCUCUACCACGAGAUCCUCCGAGAUGCUGAUUCUCCUCGAGAUCUUAAAGUUCAGGUUUUGAGCAAUAUCGAACAAUACUUGCAAGAAGAAGAGAGACGGAUGAUCAAACAAGAUCAAGAAUGGGCAAAGCUGUCAAAACAAGAGAACCUGAAGGAGAUGGGGGACAUCUCAUCUGGCAUGGCCAGUACUGUGAUACAACUGUACCUGAAGGAGAUUUUAGAGGCUUUCUUGCAUCCGAAUGUAGGAGUAAGGCAAGCAGCACUAAAGGUCAUACAGCUGAUCUUAUCCCAAGGCUUAGUCCAUCCUGUCCAGAUUGUACCAUACUUGAUCUGUAUGAGCACUGAUGAGGAGCGUCUUGUAAGUGGAAGUGCUGAUAAACAGCUGCAGGAGAUUGAGAAAAAGUACCCAGGGUUCAUCCAUAUGAAGGCACAGAUGGGCAUCAGGCUGUCAUACAAGCUGCAGCAGAUCUUACAAGCCAAGAAUGAAGCAGUACGGGGAUUUCGGCUGAAGGAGGGGGAGAUGCCUGCAGCCCUCAAUGGUUUCCUUUACUCCAUCUUGCGCACAAAACAACAACGCCGCGCCCUCACACUGUCAAUCCUCAAGCAGUUUGACGAACAAGUGAAAACAAGUUUGUCGCAAAUGCUGUUCCUAGCUGACAACAUGGCCUACUUCCCUUACCAAGUUCAAGAUGAGCCUUUAUUCAUCAUUCACCACAUAGACAUCAUGAUCUCUGUCACAGGCACAAACCUUCUCCAGUCCUUCAGAGAGGCUUUGCUUCCAAGCCCCAACUCUGGUACGCCUCAGAUAGACCCUGCAACGGGGGCUGUCUUCAGGCUGUUAGAUGAUGAGGAGGAUGAAGAUGAUGAAGACGUCCUCCUCAGUCGAGUGCCUGACGACGCUGGCACACUGCAGGAGUGUAUCACUGCGUCUCAGGGCUGCCAUUUGCUUCUUGUCCUCAAACAACACCUCAAGACACUCUACGGAUUCAAUGACAGCAAAAUAACACAGUACUCACCAUCAGAAACUGCCAAAGUCUACGAGAAAGCUGUUAACCGGAAGAGCAACUCUAAAUUCAACCCUAAAGCAACUCUUCAGAAAAUAAAACAAGGAGUUCCGUCAUCUAACCUCGACGAACCUGCAAAGAGGGCUUUGAUUCAGGAGUAUUUGGAGUUCAAGCAACUCAUCAUGAAUCUUGAUCCUGAUGAGGAUGAUGAGGAGGAAGGAGGAACUCCUCAAACUCCGGCCAAGGGAGGACACACGACGCGGACAUCGCAGGUAUCGGACCACGGGACGCCGGGACACACCCACGACACCCGGACUUCUGCUACUGAUGACCGGGUCUCAGAACAAACUCCUCACCCGCCACCAGCUGAAGCCACCCCGCCCCCGAGAGUCCCCAAGCUGACAAUUGUCCCGCCAAAACCACCGGAUGGAAAACACGUUCACCAUCAUCGUUCCCACAAGACCCGCAAGACUGAACGACACAAAAAACACCACCACAAGAGGAAGAAGUCCAAGCUGAGAAGUUCGGAAGACGAAAGUGACAAUGAUUACAGUGACCCUGACUUUCUAGUGUAGGAACACAUUCCAGUGCAGGUGGCAUCGGUACAGUGCACAAACAUAAACACAAACUAUUUCAGUGUUGCUUAGAGUGCGAUGCCAGACACCAACACUCAUGUCUUGUAGAAAGUUGAACAUUUUGUACAAAACAGUUAGUUCAAAGUUGUUACACAGGAAGUGGUUUAGUUUUAAUGAUCGAUGGACUUGCUGCAUAUGCUGGUACACUGUUGGAAAGGUAGUUUAGUUGGUGUCAGAAUUCUUGGAUCAUAAUAUGCUGUAUAAAUCUCUUGUUAAAGUUGUUUGUAAGUUAAAAUGAAAACAAUCUCAAAGUGUUAAGUGGAAAGCAAACUGGGAGGAUCAGUUUCACAAGGCCAAUAUUUACUUUUGUUUGUUUUUUUAUGUUAUCUCUGCUUAAUUUCUCAAUGGACAGAAAAAGACUUGGAUCGAAAAAUUUUACUACUGGAAUCACUUUUUUUUAUGUUUACUGCAAUGAUUGUGAUGGGAGAAGCUCUACAACCUUGCAAAUGUGUGACCUCUGAACAGAAGAAGUUUUUAAUUUGGACUGAAGUCAGUUUUCACUCCUCAAGCUUUAGUUUUUUCUCAGAAGCUUACUUGAUAAAUUUUAUGUUACUUUAUGUUACAAGUUUUGUUGUGUUCCAGUGUUCUUUUUUGUUAUUAUUAGCAUAAUAAAUUAUUUUUUUCAUAGACUGGUAUUUAUAGCAUUAUGUCGUUAUUGUAGUAUUUUAUUUUAUACCAUGAUAUACAUAAUUUCAUUUCUACUGUCCACCGAUUCAUUUCACAACGGGGUAUUGAAUCUAUUGAUUACCGACACUUAAUUCUCUCUACACUAAUUGGAAAAAAAAUUGUAGUAUGAAAUCGGCUUUAAAAACAAAACACAUCUUGUGAAUGUGAUUGAGAUGAAAUGAUUUUGAUUGUGAUGUUUUGAACCGACAAAAUCUUUAACAUUUUAGUUUUAAAAUACAAGUUUAAAAGUGUAUUGUGGAAGGGUUUCUUCAAACAUCUCCUUUAUGAGAAGGGAGCUGCAAUUAUAUUAUCUUAGAUAGUUAAAAUAAUACUUUAAAGAUAAAAAAAUAUCAUAGCCUGUAAAUUAUUUGAACACCCCCAUUUUAGCAAAUUUCCCUAUAGGGAAGUAUAGCUAUUACCGUAGGUGGCACAGUGAGACCGGCAUCCAUAUACUUUUUCAUUUUGAUGUCUCUAGAGGCAAAAAACACGAUUUGUUCAAAUUUUUAUACAUGUAUAUAUAACAAAUUGUAUAUAUAUAUAAUAUAUAUGUAUAUAUAUGUAUUAAAAUUGGUUUUUCUUGUUUUUUACCCUCAAAACAUAAAAUUUAUCAAUUCCUCUCUAGACCAUUUUGAAGAG